UCGAGAGGAGGUUGUAAAUAGUUUUCAUCAACAUCAUCUUGUGCUUUUUCACAUCUUUAAAUAAUUUAACAUUAAUGAAUCUUUAAGUACAUUGUACUCUGUAUACUUCUAAAGGAAUUUUGUGGUUUUUAUAAUGCACAUGUUUGUACAAAAAUAGAUGCAUGAUCAAUUAAGACAGUUUUGGAAAAUAAAUUAAUAUGAAAAGUUUUAAAAACUUGUAAAAUUAAUGUUGGAUUUAUAUUACUAAAUAAGAAAAGGAGAAAUUAUUUGUCAAUGAUAAAACAUGGAUUAAGACUGUGAUUUCAAAUUUUAAAAUAAAUAUGGAUAAAAUAGUGAAAGACUAAAUUAACAGGAUUGACAAUGAAUGAAAAUAUUUCUGCCUUAAAUGGAAGUCUUAAUGUGACGGAUGGUGGCGAAGAGGAACAAGAAUUACGAUGGGGAAUGCUAUCUUUGUUAGCUUUGAUAUUUUGUACAACGUUAGGAAAUUUAUUAGUGUGCCUUGCAGUAAUAUGGGAUCGACGAUUACAGAAUAUGACAAAUUAUUUCCUCAUGUCUCUUGCCAUUGCAGAUUUCCUCGUCUCAAUUCUAGUCAUGCCUUUUGGCAUGGUUGUAGAAAUUUAUGGUACAUUUCCUUUCCGAGCUGAGUUAUGUAUGUUCUGGGUGACAAUGGAUGUACUCAUGUGCACAGCCUCCAUUUGGCACAUGUGUACAAUGUCGAUGGAUAGGUAUUUUACAUUAAAAUAUCCGAUGCGAUAUGGACGAAACAAGACUAAAAUGAUGGUUGUGUUGAAAAUAUUCUUUGUAUGGGCCGUUUCCAUAACGAUCAGUAGUCCUCUCUGUAUUUAUGGAAUUCAAGACAGUAAAUAUAUCUUAAACGACGGACUCUGUGCUCCAGCCAUUGAAGACUUUGUAAUAUAUGGGUCAGUGUUCGCCUUCUACAUUCCGUUAAUUAUAAUGCUAGUUACUUAUGUACUCACAAUCAGAAUUCUGUGGCAAAAUCAAGUUAACAUGCAAAGGAUUGACAGAUCAGAUUUAAGAUAUAAACAAAAGAAAGAUAAAAAGAAAAAGUCUUUCAAAGCAUAUCUGUCACCACCCAGUGAUGAAGGCUCACAACGGCAUAGUGUGGAACAGCUUGAGAGCGAUACCGAUAAUACCAUACUGGCUUCAAUUCCAGUGCUUCCUCAAAAGGACCAUCUUUAUACAGAGAAAGUCUGCAAAAAGAUCCCAAAACCCAAACAGAACUGGGAAAGGCGUAAAGCCUCUUCUUUCACAUGUCUGCCAACGUAUCCUAAAUAUACAACCAUUAAACCAAAAGAACAGACAUCAGAUUUAUUACGUGUUAAUUCUAUUGAAAAUGUUUCAAAAGGAAAAAAUCUAUUUGGUGCUUCCUCUUUCUGUAACUUAAAUGACACGGAUAUUCCAUUUGGAGGUGGUAUGAGAAAUGUUAUGUUUCACAGUUGUGGAAAUCUGGAUUUUAAAUCGGCAGGGUGGAAACAAAAUUAUUUCCAGAUUCAAAGCGAAAUGGACCAAAUUAUAAGAGACGGAGAAAAGGAGACUAAAAGACCUACACCUGAGUCACUGUCUGAUAUGAAACUUCACAAAAUACAGGACUGGUCAGAAAUCAAGUUUCAUAAAAUGCAAGACUCAAUGUCAGACAUUAAGGUUAAUAGAAUACAAGACUCAGUUUUGGACAUGAAGCUCCAAAAAAUACCUGAUUCAAUACUGGAUACAAAAAUAACCAAACUGGAUGACUCAUUGUCUGAUAUAAAACUUCAUGAUCUUUCCGAGGAUAGUGGUGCUCCUAACUUACUCGGCCUGCCGGCAUCAAAGGUCGUAUCAGAAUCAGAGGACUCAUUAGAUGAAACGUCUUCAUCUGGCUCAGACUUUCUUACGAUUAAACUUCGUCCGCAAUCUUUCCAUAUGUAUAAACUAAACACAUCAGUACAGACAUCUUCAAGUCCACUAUUAGGGAAUUCAACCAUAAAAAAUCAUGUGAAUGGAUUCUGUCAAAAAAUGUAUGAUACCACAAAAUCAAGUGAGUCUCUAGCUUCUUCAUCAGACAGACCUGAAGUCUCGAGGAGUAUCAAAAGUCUCCUUCACAAAUUUAACAAAGCUCAGGACGCUAAGCACACCAUGUCAAGAAAGGCUACUUCUAAUGAGAAAAAGGCGUCAAAAGUACUAGGAAUAAUAUUUGGUGUAUUUGUAGUUUUGUGGACACCAUUCUUUUUUGUAAACAUACUGUCUGGAUUCUGUGAGUCUUGUAUGGCGUUUGUGACUCCUUACAUGAUGUCCAUUUUCCUAUGGAUGGGUUACGUGGCUUCGUUAGCAAACCCUAUUAUUUACACAAUGUUCAACACAGCAUUUCGUAGAGCUUUUAUUAGAAUUUUAAAAUGUCAUUUAUGUACAAAGGGACAUAUAAGAUCCGAUAUAUACAAUGGUACAAGUUUCCCAACAUCCCAUAAUAUCACAAAUGAUCGUAGAAAUACAGUGACAGUUUUAAUUAAGGAUGAGAUUAGAUAAUGAACUUUGAUUUUUAAAUUUACAUAUCUAUAUUGUCUGUUAAUUACCAAAGAUUAAAACAUAUUUAUUUA